AUGGGUUGCAGUGUGCCGGUUCCGAUUUUGGACUUAGGAGGAAGUUCAUAUAAGCGCUUCGUAGCGUUGCGUUGCGUUGCGUGGCGUUGCGUGGCGUUGCGUUGCGUUGCAUUGCGUUGCGUGGCGUUGCGUUGCGUUGCGUGGCGGGCGCUGAGGGAGCGGUGCGGGGCGUGUGCGCAGGUGUGGUUCAGCAACCGGCGCGCCAAGUGGCGGCGCGAGGAGAAGCUGCGCAACCAGCGGCGCGCCGUGGAGCAGGUGGGCGUGAGCCCUCCGGCGCCCACCGGCCGCCUGCCCAUCAACUCGGGCUUCAACUCCAUGUACUCCUCCAUCCCGCAGCCCAUCGCCACCAUGGCCGAGACCUAUAGCUCCAUGUCCAACAGCCUGGGUAGCAUGAGCAGCAGCUGCCUGCAGCAGCGCGACGCAGCCGCGGCCGCCGCCGCCUCCACCUACCCGUACAUGUUCCACGACCCGCUGCACUCGCUCGGCUCCACCUACAACCACUCGCGCGCCGUGGCGGCAGUGUCGGGCGUGUCGGCUGCCUGCAACCCGGCGGCCGCCCACUCGCAGAGCGCCAUCUCCACGCACGCCGCCGCCGCCGCGGCCGCCGCCUCCUACGGCAGCCCCGGCGCCGCCGCCGCCGCGGCCGCCGCCUCCACGCCCAACGCCACCGGCACCGGUGAGUACUAA